UAAUAAUUCUCAAGAUGAACGUUCCUAAAUGUGGUUGUAGUAAGGAGAAUCGUCCACACAACGCAGUUCGGGCUGGAUGUAGCUGCUCGACGAACCCUCACAAGAUGCCAGCUGAUAGCUUCAAAAUACCAGCUGUGCCGAUCGGCAGGCCACUGCACCCCAGCAAUAAAGUGAACUUGUGCGAACCAGGUUCUUCGGGCAUCAAGUGCGAUCUACAGGGCAAAAAAGAUGACAAGAAAAAAUCGUGGUCUCUGUCUGAUUUCGACUUGGGACGUCCACUCGGUAAGGGAAAGUUUGGCAAUGUUUACUUAGCGCGCGAGAAAGAAUCGCACUAUGUAGUAGCGUUGAAAGUGCUCUUUAAAAGUCAGAUUCUAGACUCCGAGAUAGAGCAUCAGGUGCGGCGCGAAGUUGAAAUACAGUGCCGUCUUCGUCACCCCAAUAUUCUUCGUAUGUACGGCUACUUUCACGACGAAAAACGAAUUUAUCUAAUUCUGGAGUAUGCAAAGCAUGGCGCGCUCUACAAGUUGCUAAAAGAACGCGGGCGUUUUGACGAGAAAACUGCAGCAAUUUACGUAAGAGACUUGACAAAGGCAUUGGUGUAUUGCCACACAAAGAAAGUGAUUCACCGGGAUAUUAAACCUGAGAACUUAUUAAUCGGACAUAAUAUGGAGCUGAAAAUCGCCGAUUUUGGUUGGUCAGUCCAUUCACCAUCUUCUAGAAGAAUGACAUUGUGCGGGACACUUGAUUACUUGUCACCAGAGAUGAUAGAAGGCAAGCCACACAACUAUGCAGUUGAUAUUUGGAGUCUUGGAGUGUUAUGUUAUGAAUUACUGGUUGGAUUACCUCCAUUUGACGCGAAAGACUCCAAUCAAACAUACAGAAAGAUAAGGUAUGUGAUUAUUAAGUAUCCAGAGUUUAUUUCAGAGAAGGCAAAAGAUUUGAUGGGUAAACUGCUAGUCAUUAAUCCAGAACAGAGGUUGCCUCUGACCAGUGUACUGCAACACCCGUGGAUAUUGGAGAACGCCCCGGAAGGCAUUCCUCCACCGGCAUACACUCCAGAACAAAUGCAACACUAAUGAAUUGUAUAUUUCCUAAGAGUAUUUUAGCACAAUAUUGUAUCUUUUAAUUAUGCAUCAGUUUAUGACUUAGUUACAUUUUUAUUUUAAUUAAUUAUGGUAAUAAUCUUCAAUGUUUGCCUGAGAUAGAAUUAUCCAAAUACUUAUAAUGAUUUUGAAACUGUCUAUUAUUAGAAAAUGGAUCUGUUAAGGAGUUUCAUAACAAGCUCAUUAGCAUAAUUAGAAUUUAAUCAAAUAUUACUUAAUUUUGAAACCAUGUAGAUUAUAUUUAUUUUUGUAAAAACUUUGAUACAACAGUACUGUGGGUAGCAUUUGACUGCAUAAAAGACUUGAAUUGACUGAACAAAUUUAUUUAUUCCAGUACUACAAAGUUUUUAUCCUUAACUUAAUUAAACAAUCAUGUUAUUAUACUGUAAAUAUCUUUAAUACAUUGUUUCUAUGGUGCAA